UUCACUUCAAACCUGCCAGACUUGCAUCGAACAACAAACCCUCUUGUUCUGCUGUGCUGUGAAUCGGAUUGUCGCGCCGGAACCGGGAGAUGUCGUCGUUCCACCGACGGUGCGGCAAGCGCAUCACGCUGGCCAACAACAACCGGACGGCGAUGCGGAACAUUAGCGAGUUCAACCACGGGCUGGUGCUUAGUUCGGAACCGCUCAAGGAUGACGUCCUGUUCGAGGUGCGGAUCGAUGAGAAGAUUCACGCCUGGAGUGGUAGUAUCGAGAUUGGCGUGACGACGGUGAAUCCGGAGACGACGGAGCUGCCACCGUGUGCGACCAAGCUGAGGAAUGGAACGUGGGUGAUGUCGGGGAUUUCGGUGCUGAAGGAUGGUCUCUCGCUGAUGGAGUAUUAUGGGUCCGAUCUGGACAAGCUGGGGGAGGGUGAUCGGGUUGGGGUUGUGAGGACGGCGCAGGGGGAGUUGAUUUUCUUUGUGAACGGAGAUUCGCAGGGCGUUUCGGCGGUGGACAUUCCGAAGAACGUGUAUGCGUUGGUGAACCUUUAUGGGAAGUGCGUCCAGGUUUCGAUUUGUCCGUCGGACAGCUUGGAGUAUGGUAACGAGAGUACACAGAUUUCGCAGAACAUCGACAUUGCCAUGUCGGUGGAGAUGUCCGUUAGUGCAACGGCUAACGGGGGAGGUCCUUCCGGGUCUAGUUCCGUACUGGACGCGAUCGAUCCUAGCGAUAAGUUGAGAUUUCAUACGCGCUGUGGAUCGUUGGUGAAGUUGAGCGCAAAUUGUAGAACUGCCGAAAGGCGACGACCUCUGGACGAGUUUAACAACGGAGUCGUGAUGACGCAUCGACCGUUGCGGGAUAACGAGCUGUUUGAGAUUCGCAUUGAUCGCCUGGUUGACAAGUGGUCCGGCUCGAUCGAGGUCGGCGUUACGACGCACUGCCCGUCAGCGUUGCAAUUCCCAGCGACUAUGACGAAUCUGCGCAGCGGAACCAUCAUGAUGUCAGGUUGUGGAAUUCUGACCAAUGGAAAGGGCACACGUCGCGAGUACGGUGAGUUCAACCUGGACGAACUGCGCGAAGGUGAUCGCGUAGGAAUGAUGCGAAAGUCGAACGCAAAUCUUCACUACUACAUCAACGGUCGGGAUCAGGGGGUGGCGGCCACUCGGGUUUCCCAGCAGUUGUGGGGUGUCAUUGACCUGUAUGGCAUGACGAUCAAAGUCACGAUCGUUGAUCGAGACGAACGUGAGCAGCAGAACUUGGUCACUCGGCGUAAUAACCUGAUGAGCUUGCCCGUCACCGAGCAGGAGUUGAUCCCGCCAAGUCCGGAAAUAGACCUGAGCCAAUCGGACCGACUGCUGUUCCAUCCAAUGUGCGGAUCGCACGCUUCGGUGACCCACAGUGGUAGAACGGCGUUGAGGCCUAACGCUUCGGACGACUUCAACAACGGCGUCGUGCUCACGCGUAGACAUCUACGUCCAAACGAGAUGUUCCAGGUAAGAUUGGAGCGGGUCGUCACCAAGUGGGCCGGCUCGAUCGAGAUGGGCGUCACAACUCACAGCCCACAGGAGCUGGACUUCCCCUUCACCAUGACAAAUGUCCGUUCCGGUACGUGGAUGAUGACCGGAAAUGGCGUGAUGCAAAACGGCAUGACCGUGAUCGAGCAGUACGGUCAAAAUCUAGACCGCUUGCAGGUUGGAGAUCGCGUCGGUGUCGUUCGCAAGGACGACGGAACGCUGCACUUCUGGGUCAACGGAGUUGACCAAGGCCCGGCUGCUUCCAACGUCCCCGAAAAGGUCUACGGCGUAAUCGACCUGUACGGACAAGCGGCGCAAGCCAGCAUCGUAGACACGUCCGAGUGCGGCACUCCGGACACCGGAAAUUCAACAAUCUCAAACACCACACUCUUCAGCAGUGAACCCAAGCUGAAGUUCCACUCCGUUCACGGAAAGAACGCCCGAAUCUCAAACGGAGGCCUCACCGCAUGUCGUCCCAAAGCCCUAGCAGAGUUCAACGACUCGAUCGUGUUCAGCAAUCGUCCGCUGAGACAACGCGAACUCUUCGAGAUCGUCCUCGAAACGGUCGUAGACCAGUGGAACGGCUCGAUAGAAAUCGGCGUAACCGGAAUCCGGCCGGACGAGCUCAGCCUGCCAAGCACCGCAACCGAUCUCGAACACGACACCAUCAUGAUCUCCGGAACGACCCUGAUGCGCAACGGAGUUACAAUCCGCAACGAUCUCCCGUUCGAUCUGGACACCCUCUCGGCGAGCUCGCGUGUCGGAGUCAUGCGCAACGGCGACAACAUCCACUUCUUCAUCAACGGCGUCGACCAGGGCCCGUACUACGAGUGCAAGGCUCCGAAUCUGUACGCGGUGAUCGACCUGUACGGACAGUGCGCCCAGGUCAGCAUCACCACACCGCUCCCGGACAUUCGAGCUCCUUACGCCAUCAGCGAAAACUCGCAGAGCCUGCAAGCGACCUCCGUUAUUCAACCGGCACUCGAAGCGAAACAUCGCUGGUCGUGCAUCUCCGGCAACGUUACGCUCAUGCAGAACUGGACGUUGGCUUCACGUUGCACCAAUACGGCACUGUCGCACUGUCUGGUCUUUUCCGAGCGACCCCUCGUGGUCGGAGAGACGUUCGAGAUUAAGAUCACCGAGAUCAAUCCGCUGUACGCGGGUAGCUUGAAGGUUGGUGUCACCGACCUCAACCUUUCGGACGAACACGUCCGCAAGAACAUCCCAAUCAGCAUGAAGCGCAUCCCGGCGAACGUUUGGUACGUCAGCGGAAACGAGGUUCGGUACAAUUCUACGCUGCUGCAGAAGUCGCUGGCAUCGCUGGAUUGGCUACGGGUUGGCGAUCGCAUCGCGAUCGAGCUAACCGCUUCGCGCACGCUGAAGAUCCUGCUCAACUCGGAAGACAUGAACAUCAGCUUCCAGAACGUUUCGGAAGACAUUUUCGCCGUGGUUGAACUGCUCGGGUCAACGAUGGCCGCUCAGGUCAUCUCCUCGCAAGGCCCUUCGUCUCCGUUGAGACCGUGCAGCUUGCGCUUGCAGGACUCACUGGAGCUUGGCCUCGAUCCGCUGAACAAGCAGGAUUCCAUGCUGGAAUCCAUCGACUCCGACUCGCUAUCGUUCGAGUUCUCCGAAUGUCACGGCAAGAACAUCCAACUCCUCGACGACAAAAAAUCCGCCGGACGAAUGCAAUCCUACCACCAGGGCGUGGUCUGCCUCUCGAAACCGCUCUGCAAGGGUCACAGCGUAAGCAUCAAGAUCCUGCAGGUCAACCCCAAGUGGAAGGGAACCAUCGCCGUUGGCGCGCUCGGAGUUUGCCCCACCACGCACCAGUUCCCGUUCCCAACGUCCGCCAUCCUGUUCCGACGACCCUGCUGGAUCGCCACCCACGACUACAUCAACAUCAACGGCAACAAAACCCAGUCCAAGUACGCGGAAAUCUUCGAACAGAUCCAACCGGGAACCAUCAUCACGCUAACGCUGACCCACGCCGGUAACCUGGGCAUCACCUUCGGCCAAACCCAGCUCGACGACCUGGCCAUCGGGCUGCCGCACCACAUCUAUCCGGUGUUUGACAUCUACGGCCGUUGCGAGCGGAUCGGGAUCGUUAAUGGGGACGCCAAGGGUGGCAGUCCGAUCAACGAGGAGCUGGCACUACCCGCGGGAGCGGUUCCGCUUGGUGUCGGUGGAGUCGCGGAAGGAUCGUCCGCGCUGGAGGUGGAGAACGUGCCGCAGUGCGAAAAAGCCGAUCUGGAGGUGCACGAGAAGGAAACGGACGUGGCGGGUGCCUCGAACCCGGGAACGUCGUCUUCGAUGAGCCGCUCCGUAAUGGACAGCGUGUCCGAGAAUCUGCUGAUGAACAUUUCCAUCAAGAAUCGAACCGCCAACGAGGCCAGGAAUCAGGAUUUAUCCAACUCGUGCUGCCUCCGCGACUCGCUCCAGCUGCAACAUUCCACGAAUCUCAACAUCCAGCGAAGCCAGAGCACGCAUCGCUUCAACGCGCUGCAGGGCAGCUUCGACAGCAACCGCGGCGAGCUGUCCCAGUCGGUCAACUUUGACGAGGGCUUCGAAGACUACCGCAGCACGACUGGAGCGGCAGCCACUUCUGCGGCUGCCGUAACGGCGGCAGCUUCCGGUGCAGCUGGCCAGGCGAACCAGGAGAGCAACACCGAUCCCAACUAUCUGGAGGACGUGGACAGCAACAUUGAUUUCAGCAUUCAACUGAACGAGUCCGAGCCGGAAGAGGACAGCAACACAAUCGCCAACAAUCGGGCAAAGCUGGGGUUGCCGCUGCAGAACAGCUGCUCGACGGCUCCGGAACAUCAACCUCCGGCGGAGUCGUCAGCAGUGGCAUCUACAACUACCACGGGAACUUCCACCGGUCGUCGCGCCAACGUGGUCGAGUUCGCCGAGGAUCCGGUCGUACGGCUGUCCCGCGCCAACUCGAUCUCGUCGGCCGCUUCGGUGCUGAGCGUGGCCGAGAACAAGGACUGCGACUACCUGAAGCUGGUGAUGGGCUUCAAGCGGACGCUGAUGCUGCCGGACGUGUUCUUCGCCGGGGACAGCUUCGGGUGCUUCUGCGAGGGUUGCGCUCCUUCGCUGCAGGGCACGAUGGUCAGCGGGUGGGUGCGGUUCAAGAUCAACCAGCAAACGCUGAACAGUUCCUGCGAUGGCCGGAUGACUGGGGACGAUUCUGUUUGGACUACGGCGUACUACAACGCGCGGGUGGAGAAGAUACGGUCGGUGCUGGAUCACGGUCAACCGUUGCCGAUUGAAUCGUGCCAAUUCCUGCCGGAAGGUACCACAGUCGGGGACAACUUUGUACCCGGCACGCACAUCUUGCUGCAGUCGCAGCCGGACUCGAGCGAGCGUUCGCAGCGUUCGUCGUUCCACCGGUACAUGGCCAGCGGAGUGUGCUAUCGGAUUUGCGCCACCUUUGAGGUUCGCGUGAGGUCGCAGGCGCUGUCCAGCAUUGAGUUUCCGGAUGCGGCCGGCAGUGGUGUAGGAGAGGGCGGGUCAAGCACUUCCGGUGCCGGAAGUGCUGGGCUGCGUCAUUGGACGACGAAGGAGGCGGACGCUUGCGUACUGACUGCAUUGAUGGUGCUGCUGGCACCGGCUUAAGACGAGAGACUGCAUUUGAAUGUAUUUAAAGUAUUGUAUUGACUGUUUAAGAUAUAUGUGUAAUUCCGUACUGACAAUUGUGUUCUAACAAUUUUCUUCGCUUAUUGUCACUCUCCGCAAACGUCAAACCAUCCAAAUUUGUUGCUGGAUCUCUUCCGGAAGAGAUACUGGAAUCUUUUUCUUAGAAUGUAUUCUCUUUCUCUAAGCAUUUCCAAGCCGUUUCUGCACCAACUCCGUGUCUGACCGGAAGGCCUUUGUUUGAGAUCUGAUUUUCACUUGAUAAAGAGACGCUGUUUUGAGCCGUUCCUAACCUGGGAAACAGAAGCAGGUCCAAAAAUAUCCGGAAUCCGUAAUAAAGCAAUUUUCUUACAACAGCUGCCAAAUGACGUGAUUUUGUUGGCAUUUCAUUUUCCAUCUGUUCCUUCAGUCGUUAAACGACUUUCGAUGCUGUCAGUUGUUUUAUGAAUGUCAACAAACACGUUAAAGUUAGAAAAGCAAAUUUGGAAUACAUUUCGAGCUGCAGCAAGUGAUUAAAAAUGGGACUUUCUCACAAAUAAUUACUCUCGCUUGGCGUUUUCUUUCCUGGAACAUUGUGAACUGUGUCUUUUUCGUUUAUUUUAUUAUUUUCUGGUUAUUAUCAGUAGAUUUUGAGAAUGAAAUGAAACUUGUCGCGCUCGGUCAGUACACUAUUCGAAUAUUAUCGAUUAAAAAAACAAUAAUAAAUUAUUCCAAAAAGAAGGAAGCUAAAGCACACACACGUAUAUAUAAAGAAUAGAAUCAACUAUAAAUAAAGAGAAAUAUCGCAGAAUA